AUGGCCGAACACUGGGAGUUCAAAGAGCAUUGGCGGAGUUCUCGCUAUCAUACGGGAGACAUCUACCAAGAGAGCCGGCAACAAGAGCGACGAAAAAGCUGGGAGGUCUCUUCACACGAUGCCGGUCCUUAUCUGAACUACGUCAAGAGGGUUUCGUUGAAAUGGCCAAAUUUGAAGCCCCUGGCGGAUUUUAUGGAAGUUGGGACCGACCCGCUUCGAUGGCGGAAUUUCUUUGGAGAUGAUGCCAGAAAUGCCUAUACAUACCCGGGUGAUGUCGAUAAGAGAAAGAAGGACCAAGAAGAGCGAGUUCGCAGGACAAAUGUGUGCCAACUUGAAUACUUGAGCGACGGCGAAGUCGCCCCUCCUAUCAGGUAUACGACCCCAGAAGAUCUUCGCAGGGCUCUUUCAACUCUGGAUCGAAAAAGGCAAAAGUCCGCGCAAGGCGAGGUCAUGCUCAAGCUCUUUGUUGUCGAGGACCUCUCACGUGAAGUUAUCGAGACGCUUGGAUAUCACCUCGAGAUCGAGCCGGAUUUCUUCAGGGCUCACAUCUAUGACCACGUUUGGUUCAACAUCCGGGAUCCCUUCUGGGACCCGCCAAGCUUCCAGAUGGAUAUUCGCCGCAGAAAUUGGGUCCAAAUCCGCUUCUGUAGAGCUCGGUAUUUUCCAUCACCCGAAAGCCUCCGCGAGGGCCAGGAUGCUGCGAACAGGUUUAAUGUCGGGAGGAGACUCUACGAUGACGAGAACAAAGUGUACUGGGACAGAGACCCAGCAAAAAAUAUCACCAACGCUACAUUAGCCCUCAGGGAGUGGCUAACAGUUCAUUUAAAAAAUUUGAGGGCCCAGAGCAUGCGGGUCGUGAGGCGAUCCACCGAACUUUUUCAAAAGUCACCGGGGAACAAGACGCCAAACAUAGAAGCCCAGCGUCAUGCAUUAAAUGAGCUACCACGGACGCCAGGAAACGAUGACUGGAUAAAGGGUACUGCGAAAGCCACGGAUGAGGAUAGGGUCGACGGACGAGUUGGGCUGAUGAGGACCAGAGUUUCCUUUUGGAAGAAGAAUUGCAGGGUUGGUGAAUGCGAUAUUGUUCUUCUUCGUCUUGUCGGCGCCGAGUGGCUCACGGUCAGCCAGUACUUGAAAUCACGUCUCUCCGCGAUAGACUGGGAAGUUGCGCACCCAAAGGAGUUUCUGGCCCAGGCCCAAAUUGAUACCGUGCUCAGGAAACUACACAAUUGGCGUCGUUGGGUUCCUGUCUUCCGGGAGAUGCUCUUGGAGGCAAAGCCGCGACUGUCCCAGCUUGAGGACCUUGAUUGCCCGCCCGGCAGUUUCGGUUUCGGAAGGGUGGAAAAACUCUUCGAACCCUAUGCAGAAGAGUUCGCCUAUAUGUUAGAUAGGAUGGAGGACUACGAAAAACGAAUCGACCGACUCACAACCGUGGUCGCGUCGGCUAUCAGCACUGCCGAUUCGCGGCGUGUCGAGCAACUGACACUCCUCGCAACUUUAUUCGUACCGCUGAGCUUAAUCGGCACCUUGUUCUCGAUGUCCGAGGACAUUGCUCAAAUCCGGGUUACCUUCGCUUACUGGGCAGCGGCGUCUCUGAUCUUGCUUUUGGUAAAACCAGAAGACGGAUACCAGAUGGCCCGCGCACACAAAGGCCCAGGCUUCAUGAUUGGCUUCGGGCACUGUGACGGCCGGUCCAUUGCCUUUGCACUGCGCUGGCCUGACCCCGGCACCUCCCGAGCAAAGUAUUUGAUCCCUGUAUCUCCAGCGCCCAUCCCAUCCCUUACCUGCAUGCAGUUCGAGCAAUGCCAUCCUUUCAGUCUCGGUUCCCAUCUGUCAGCUGCUCUCUCUUCGGUUUACUUCCUUCCUAUCGCCGCGAUGGACUUACCAGCUGAUAGGAAAGAGUGGGAGAAGCAAGUAGAGGGGUUUCGGCUUAAGAAGCACUGGUCUAUCCACGAGAGCAAACAUAAGAACUCCGGUUCCAAAUUUACUAUGGAGCAAUUCCUUCUCCUGCGGGUUCUGUGGCCCCGACAUAUUAGCCAAACGGGUUUCGAGACGGCCUGUACGGGAUUCAUCGAACUCAAUAACUUGAGGACCGCUCGGAAAUUUCUGCAAAAUUUGUCGUCUUGGCAGAGAUACCUUGGAACCUAUGAUGAUGAGGAAUGCAGCGGGAUGGACGGCCGCGUUCUGGCCAAGCACCAAGGAACAUUUGCUCUCGUUCGUCACUAUCAAAACCUAUCAUGCAAGAAUUCAAAGGUGAAGCCUGAGGACUUGCUCCGGAAAGUGGAAUUCACACUAGCCUCGGCUCCGAGCACGGCUGUGGCGCCGUCCCAGUCCCAGGCAGCUUUUCCAAUAACUCCGACUCCGAAUCGUCUUGCCACGAGAACAGCUCUUGAAGGUCUUGACGCAUCCCUCGUCAAGCUGGAGCUCCGAGCCGAGGAAAACGAGGAUAUCAGUUGGGAAGAAAUGGUGCUCUCUCCGCUGACACCUGCUUUGCCUCUCACUGGUGUGGACGCGAAGUCCUUUGGCGUGGUCGAGGACGAGCAGAUUGUCAACGCCCUCAUUGACUUCUUGAAUGCGCUCACCUUGCACUGUGAUAAGGUAAAGAGUGAAUGGUCGUUCGCCCGAAAGCGCUUCAAAAUGAAUAUUCGGGGCGACAAAACCUAUGAGGCCAGAGUUGAUGGCCUUCUUCGGGCGAAGGGGUCAAGAGACACGCAAAUCAUCGUCGAGGCCAAAUCAUGCCUUCGUUUCCAGACUAAAACCAACACAGAGGCCAUCCUCAUGCAGGAGGCGGCUCAAAUGGCUGCAUGGAUCUGUGACCAUCCCCCUCAAGUCGACGGGACCUCGGCCGGAAAGACCAGAAAGACUAGCAAGCCAUCAACGUACAGGCGCAUGUUGAUCUCGCAAGACGCAAAGGAGAUAUACAUUAACGUCGCCAGCUUUGACUCUGACUAUGUCCGUUAUGUCCUCGGCGACAAUGAUGCAGACCUUUCGUUCCUGACGAUGCAAUCGUAUGGGCCAUUCCCGAAAAAGGUGGAUAUCACGUGGGAGAUAUUGCCGGUGAGCCAGGUCACCGAAGUAACAGCCAGAAGGUGCUCAAAGCAAGAGCAGAGAUCACACACCCUAGUAAACAUGGCCAACGAAAGCUCGAAGCUUCCCUCCAUGUUGACAACUAAGGAGAUGAGGACCAACGUAAACCGAUUCCUGAAGAACCUCGUCCUGAAGGCCAACAAGGACUACCGCCCUCGAUUCAGCUUUGGAGAGGCCGAGGAGCGGAAAAUCCGCGUUACCCCCCUCGAUUUCGCCACGGGCACAUCUCCAAAUUGUGUUGAGCCCUUGAUUCGGCCUCUCGCCCAGGUAGAUGUUGAGAAGUUGCUCAAUGACCUCUCUGAACCCCUCUACAAAGACUUCAUCGAUCCCUUCUAUGACCCCGACUUCCCGGGUGCUCGGCGCCAAGAAGCGUGGUCCUUCUACGUCCUUAUUAACUACUACUUGACGCAGCGUCAGGUCAAGAAUCGCCGCGGUGCAUGUAUCAUACCCGACCGCACAAAGUGGCGGGCUUUCGGCCACAACAUCACCCAACUUUUCCGAUACAGCCGCGAUGAUAUCGGUUGUGACUGGUAUGUCAUGGAUGUGUGGCGUUACUGCACCGAGCCGCUUUUAGACCUCCACUUCGACGGAUACGUUGACCCCUCGAAGCCGCAUACAACCUGCUUUCUAGUCGACGAGCAGGAGUUGAAGGACGGAUUCAUCUCCACCAGUGAGCUGACGGCCAUUUGCUGGCUUACGUGUCAGAGCGCGUUGCUCCCCGAUUACGCCCACCAAACAAUCUUUCCUCUCACAGUGGUGAGCGCAUCACAUAGAACGGUUCGAAUCGUUCAGGGCGUGGUCAAUAUAUGCACCAAUGACGUCGAGCUCCGGGUGUCCCAGCUCGUCCCCUUUGAGAAGGGUAUUAAGGCCGACACUGAGAGCUGGCAGAAUUUCCUAACUUUGCUUGGCUGGAUUUUGGGAGAGCCGAUCGGCGACACAAUGUUGGCAUGA